AUGCGAAAUUUCGUGAAUAAAGCUAGUUCAAUUGAAAAUGUUGGAUUUCUAUUGAAGGAUUUGUACAACUAUCUACAUAUAAUCAAACGAGAGCAAUUGCAAGAUGGUGAUGCAAAAACGGUGAUGGCUUACUUAUAUGGAAAGCAAGAAUCUAAUCCUUUCUUUUUUGUGAGGCACACGAGGGAUGAAUUCAGAAACUUAGAGAAGUUAUUAUGGGCUGAUGGUGUAUCAAGAGCAGACUACAAAGAAUUCAGGCAUGUUCUUGCAUUUGAUACAACAUACAAGUCCAACGCAUACAACAAGUCGUUUGUUGUUUUAGUUGGUGUUAAUCAUCAUCGAAACACAAUGUCAUUUGGAUGUAUAUUUCUUGUGGAUAAUAAAGAUGAUAUGUAUGUGUGGGUUUUACAGUAG